AUGGAUGAUGAGAAGAAGCAGAUGGUUGCAAAUGUUGAGAAACAGCUAGAAGAGGCAAGAGAACUGCUUGAGCAGAUGGAGCUUGAAGUCCGAGAGAUCCCACCUCAAAGCCGGGGAAUGUAUAGCAGUCGUAUGAGAAGCUACAAGCAAGAAAUGGGAAAACUUGAAGCUGAUUUUAAAAGGUCACGGAUCGCCUACAGUGAUGAGGUGCGGAAUGAGCUCCUAGGGGAUGACGGGAAUUCCUCAGAGAACCAGUUGAUAAAAUUACGUGAAGAGAGGGCACAUCUGCUCGAUAACACAGAGAGGCUGGAAAGGUCAUCUCGGAGACUAGAGGCUGGAUACCAAAUAGCAGUGGAAACCGAACAGAUUGGACAGGAGAUGCUGGAAAACCUCAGCCAUGACAGAGAGAAGAUCCAGCGUGCUCGGGAAAGGCUUAGAGAAACAGAUGCAAACCUAGGGAAGAGCUCCAGGAUCUUGACAGGAAUGUUGCGAAGGAUCAUCCAAAACCGGAUUUUGAUCGUUGUCCUGGCAGUCAUCAUCAUCUUCACUAUCCUGAUGGCUAUUUAUUUUUCUGUCAGGGGACACUGAUAUCUUUGUUCUUCACUAAACAGCAACAAACUGCUUGUUCUGAGUAAUUAAGACAAAGUGGUCACAUGCAUCAUUCUCUUGCACUGAUAGAGUCUCCUUCUCUUUUCCACUAUUCAACUCAGGUGCAAGUGGUGUAAAUUAUUUUGUAUUAUUGAUGGCAUAGUUGGCAUGUGGAGUUGAUUAUUUUUCUUACACUUUUGUCUUUAUCUCAGUGUUUUUGGAAUCUUAGUAUCUGCUUGGGGGUGGGCUUGUUCCAGUAUAAAAAGACGCAACUUAGCAGACAUGUGUGCCGAGCUCUCCCCCAGACGAUUAGCAUGUAAGUUGCAAGAGUUUAGAGGGGGAAGAGGGGUCUUUGCACUUUUCUUGUGCUAUGCAGGGUGUAUGAAUAUCAAGCAGUAUCUGACCUUCUGUGAUAGAGAAUGUAAGUAAAGCCGAGACCAAAUGAUGUAGAAAGUGAACCUGUCUCUUGUGACUAACUCCCGAUCAUGAAUCAUCGUAAUAGAUGUAACCUGGCUAAGAACGGUAGUUGGUUUUAAAGAGAGCAAUCUUAAGAUGAUGUUUCCUAUCUGAUGUGAGUCCAGCACACUAUUUAACACUUUUUAUUUCAUUACAUUUUCUUUUCUGCUUACUCAAAACAAUUCCACUUUCACCAAGAUCAUGAUAAUGAUACUUGCAUCACUUGCCCAAAAUGUAACUGUGACCACAGUCCAUCUGUUGAAUCUGUUUCAAAUCUUCCAGUGUUGAUCUUCCAGUGUACUGAGAUGUAAUGUAAACAGUAGGCCUUUAUUAAAGAGGUAUAAAGAUACUUACCUAUUCACUGCUGAUUGAAAAGAGAUCCGAAGUCAUAGUUCAGUGACAAAUACGUAUGAUUACAGUGGAAAAAUUUAGAUUUUGAAUAUUGGCCUGACUGUGUUGAGAUCACAUGUUGAAAAUAUUUUUAAUGAAUUAUAUUCAGAUGUGACAUUAACCUUUUUAAAGAGAGACUGUAAAGAUUUUAAUUUAUACACGAUUUUAGCUGAUAUGAUGUAUCUGUGUUUCAUCUCCUAGAAUACUUGUGUGUAAAUGAGAUGUGUUUCUCUCUUCCUAUUGGCUGUGCCUCUUCUGUAGACAUGUCUAGGUCACUUAGCUUAUAAUUAAGCUUAUAAUUCCAGCAAAGGCCAUUUUCUGGUGAUCUGGUACAGUAAUUUUCGUGAUAACUUUCCAAUUCAUUGUAUGUAAUCCCCUACAAAUAUAAGAAAUAGAGAGGGAUUUUAUGCCCUUCAACUGAAAUAUAAGCCAUAAAACCCUUUUACAGAUGAUGUUGAGAGAAACAAAAAGCAGGUGGCUUUCAAACUCCUUCAAAACUAGGUAGAAAUUGAGGACCUACUUCUCCUGCAUGCCUUAGAGCUUUGGGGGUUUCAGCAUCCCUGCAGCCUCUGCUGGCUUGCUGGGCUAUCUCUGCAUAAAUAUCUGGGAGUAAGCUUUGGCCCCAAGCAUGUCUCUUGUCUUCUCUACAUGGAAACAAAUAACUUAACUAAAAGGAUGUUGAUAUUGAUGCCACAGAAAAGCCUUCUAAACAUGGCGAUAAAUUUAGGAUGAAAGGAUCCAAAAGACAAAUGAAAUGAGUGGAGGUAAAUGUGGCCAGCUAUAGUUUUUGAGUUUCAGGCAACUCACAACUAAUUUAAAAGGGUUUCCUGGGAAAUAUGCUUGAGCAGGGGGGUUGGACUAGAUGAUCUCCAGAGGUCCCUUCCAACCUCAGCCAUUCUGUGAUUCUGUGAUUCUGUGCCAGGACCUUCUCAUUUCAAUGGCUGCAGGGCCAUGCAGCUGUAGAAGUUCCUGGGUAGUCCACACCCGUGUUUUGGGGAGGUGCUGCUCUGUCCAUCUAGCUGGGUCAUGUUCAGAGGGCAGCUGCUCACCCCGAACAACCCUGCAUGGCCAGAGGGAAUGGGACUGACCUUGCUACCUGCAAGUCUCUCCUUUGGCAGCCUCUCCUUCCAUUUUUGCAAGGUAUCUGGUAGGUAUCAUGUGGCUCUACACAGCAGAAAGCUUUGGGUGUUCAGCAUAUAGCGUGGAGGCUGGCUGACCUUUGGUUACAACAUGCAUUCAAAUGAAGCACUUAAGAGCUGUGUAAACAGAACUCUGGCCAUUAGCUUCAAGUAAUGGCACAGGGCUGAGUUCAGGCAAAUUAGGAAGAAGCCUGCCAGUGUUAGAAGGUAUUUAUCCUAAGCAAAUUAGAAGAUGCAUAUUUUGUAAAGCAGAAAACUGACAGGAAGCAAAUCUUAAGCUCCGGCUGUUGCCUAGACAUUCUCAGCGUUGCCUCAAUAAUUUAACUAUCAUGGGGAUUGAUUCAUGACUACUGAUCUUAACAGUGACCUCUGACUAGGUUUUGCCCUCUAUCUAGCCACCUGCUGGAAUCAGCAAAAAGCUGAAAGGAAGCUAGUUUUCCUUAUCCCAGUAUAAAUCUGGGGCAUAGUGUCACAUCAGAUACAUCCACUCAGAUGGGAAUGAGGGAGAGAGAGAGACUGCCAUGCAAAGCCUUCAUCUUCACUUUUGAUGAGCCUGCCAUUGCUAUAUUUCUCAUGCUCACCUGUUAAUAACUUCUCUAUGCCUGCUUUGCAUGCUCAUGUACUCCCCACAUGUAAAAUCAUGCUCAAAUGUAAGUUAUGGUCUUCAAAAUACAGUGUUGCUGCUCUCUGUCCCGUUUCCCCCCGGCUCGUGAAGUGUGUGGCGAGCUACAUCAAGCGCACACGUUUCGUGGGAAUUGGGUGACUUGGAUUCAGAGCGGAGUCUGAGCGAGGCAGCUCAACAGUGGGCUGGUGCUACCGUACAUGAGAAGCAAAAUACCCACAGGUAGGGCAACACCCCCCACGUUCAGCCGUCCCCUGAACGAGCUUAGUCACAUCGAUAGUGCAUCUGUGAAUGAAUGCAAGUACUUGCAAAUGCGGACCUCAAAGAGUGAAAUGUUUCUAAUGUUGCCAGCCUUUGUUGGAAAUAACAAAAAAAAAAAACACAUGCGUGGUGCUGUGUGCAAAAUUCAUUCUUGCUAAACAGCUCCACUUGCAGAAUAAAUAAACUAAUUCUAUGCUGAUACAAAAUCAAAAGCAAUUUAAUUAAAGACUCUUAAGUUUUAAAGGGUUUUAAAUGCUAUACAUUUUGGGGAAAUAUCAGAAAAUGUAGCUUGACUGACGUCAGUUCCCAUCUCUGGGAUGGGAGGCCAUUUGCUAUUCUGUUUAAGGCAGGCUGGAUUGUCUUAUUUUGGAGCCAGCUUGGUGGGGGGUUUUCUUUGCUGCUGCUUCAGAGCUCUGAGCUUCAAAGGCUGAAAUUAAUGGUGAACAAAAUUGUGCGGCUCUGACCAUCCCAUGCGGGGCAAACCCAUCGAGGGUUAUCAUUAAGUAAAGAAAUAAAGAAAAAAAAACCUGCCAGUUCCAAAAAAACCUCAUCAGAUAAUGACCUCUGUGAUUGGGUUUUCAUUACCAAACAGCAUCCAGAGAUUGUCUGCCCCAUAGAA